AUGUCCGACCCGCUCCUGUUCGAAGAUACCUUCACGAUCACCUCGAUCAACGCCCAGAAGUAUGACCGCGUCUCCCGUCUUACUUGCAACUCGAACGAUGCCUCCCUCACUUUCACCCUGGACGUGAACACUGAGCUGUACCCAUGCGCGGUUGGCGAGUCGCUGUCUCUCGCUCUGGCCUCCACUCUCUCUCUUGACGGCAAGGAGGACACCCGCGCCAGCUGGAGGGAGGUCAGCAUGGGUGAUCAGACCCUGGCGGAUGACUACGAUUAUGUUUGCCACGGGAAGGUGUACCGCUUUGAGGAGGGUACCACCAAGGAUACCAUGGCUGUCUUUGUGUCCUUUGGAGGUCUGCUGCUCUACCUGGAGGGCCCCUACAAGAAGCUUGCUCCGUUGAGAAUCGAUUACGUGUACUUGCUGCUUAAGAAAUAG